AGCUAUGUUUGACCAUAUCUUAGCUUUGUGGAAAUUGCUGUUAAAUGUUUUGUAUCAGUGUCUCAAAGCUGGGGAGAUAGCAGAUAAUGUACAGAUAUUUUUCCUGCACUUGGGAGCAACAUAUUUGCUUAGUAAAUAGUGACACCAUAAAUUUGUAGGUUGAACCCUUCUCCAUUCUCCCACAUGAACAUAUUGUUGUUUCUUACAUUUCCAUCCUCUUUUAUCUAAUUUUCAUCUAUCACUACUUUCCCUAUCUGAGUCAUCAGAAAUGCCUGCCUUCCUCCCACAACUCACAUAAGAUAUUUUGGAAACUUCAUCACUAAUUGUGUUUGCCUCUUCUGUCAUAGUGACACAACAGUGAGGGACAAGUGGCCUACUGACAAGUAUAACAUAGGAAAACUUUCAAACAAUUGCUCAGAGACAUCUACCCACAUGAUUAACUUUUAGCCAUGGCUGGCUCGAUUUAGAUGAUCCAGCGUGCAAGAUGACAAUUGCCAUGUUUCGUCCUUUAUCUUCUCAUUUUAUGAUUGUUGAGUUCAACUGUACUUUUCAAGUUGAAAUCAGUUGACUGAAUCCUGAGCUAUAAGCAAAAGUGUGCAAAAUUAUGCUAACUAUUAAUAUUAGUUUAAUUGGUAAUCAUAUGUUUACCUUUAUUUUGGUACAUUAAGAUCGAGUUUUGUUAAGUGAAUUCCAAGCAGAGAAAUGUUGAGGGGCACUUUGCAGUGUCAUUGUUUUUACUCAAAAUCUGUGUGUUGUUUUUGUAUGAUAGGAAGUAGUUGACAAGAAAAAUAAAAAGAAAAGAGAAAAGAGAAAAGAAAGAAAGAAAAAGAAAAGGGGGGGGGGGAGACCUUGCACACAAGAAAUUGAUUUUGAUGAAAAUUGUAUUUUGGCAAUUAUCAGGUUAGGCUGUUCCCUUUCAUAACACAGGAUUGGAUAUAUAAUGAUUUUUUUUAUUCACUUGAUGAUUUUUACUAAAUGAACAUUAUAAACAUUCCCUAAAGAGUAUCCAUUUCAUAUUCAUACUUUGACUAGAGAAAUAAAAUACCUAUACAUUUUGACACUGAGGUAUAUUCAUAUUUAUGAACAAAGAAAAGAAGUAGAAGUAGAAUAGAAUAUGUAAUACUCUAGAAAUGUACAAAGAAUAUGCAAGACUUUAGAAAUAGAAGAAAGUCUGUGGAUUUUGAUGUUAAUCCGACAUGUUACAGUCAACAGUUGGCAGCGAUGCUUCAACAUGAGGUAGAGCUGCAGCAGCGUCAGCAACAAAACUUUGAACGUCUAAAGGAUUCACUAGGGCUUCACAAUAUGUCUGAUGAAGAAAUGGCACAGAAGCUUCAGGAGGAAGAGAACCGCCUGGCAGCAGAAGCAGAAGCGGAGGCAGGAGCGACACGUUACCCAGCUGCGCCACCUUCUCAGACACGGCAGGUGCCACAACCCCCUCCACAAGUUCAAGAGGAGAAGAGAAAAAAAGAUUGUACCAUCCUCUGAAAUAUUUUGAAGUUUUCAUUCUUUGGAACUUAUAUUCAUAGCUCUUUGAGUGUCUUGUACUGAAGAACCCAUCCCAUUCUUAUACCUGGAUGCUGCAAGUUCCUGGAGUAGAAAGAUGCAAUUUUUCAAGAGUACAUUUUGGACAGUUCACCCCUACAACCUACCAAGGCAUAUGUUUUCAAGGUCAUUGGUUGAAGAAAAACUCCUAUCUUUAUAUAAAUAAUGCUGCGUGUUGAUCUUGUCUGAUGAAGAAAGAAUGAAAUAGUGUUACCAUUAUAGAAAGCUUGCAAAGUGAUAUUCUAAACAGUUGAUAUUUGUAUACUAUUACUGUACAGGAUGCAUUGUCUGUAAUGGACUAUUUUAAAAUGUAGAUGGACAAUGUUAGAAAGCUAAAAGACAAAGAUUAAGAUUUAUCAAGUCAAAAGCAGAUCACUUGAACCUGAUGGUAGUGGUGUUGCCACUAAGAUCUAGUGACAUUUUGAUACACCCUACAUCUUCCACUGUGAUAUUACAUUGCAAAGGGGAAAGAAUUGCCAUGCAUCAAGAGUUAUAUUUAUUACAUCAGCAUAGCUUUUUAAGUUUGUCAAAAUAUUGAUCAGUUUCAUUCAUAGUCGUAAAGUGGUUUGUUUGCUUGAAGAUACAAGAAGGAUCUCUGGUAUGGUUUCUUAAAUUUGCUGUUUCAUAACUUAUUGAUGCAUGAGAUUCCCCCAGAUUUAUAAUAGAGCCUCAGUUAUAUAAGAAUUAUAAAUUAGAAAUAUAGGCACAAAGCUUGUAUAUGUAUAUAUACAGUACUUGGAACUGUGCAAAUAUUAUGUAUGUAUGACCAGUACUAAAUUCUUAAAUUAUAUGAAGUUAUUUGAAAUUAAUGGUGAUUCUGUAUUCAGAAGUGUUUAAAUGUGAGUUGAAAUUGAUAGCCUUGAAGUUUAUGGUGCACACAUGGAAGUCUGUAUAUUCCUAAGUAUUUGAAAAUCAUUUUGUGAUGUUGAAAUAAUUAGAACUGAUUUUUGAAUUUUAGGUAAAAGUUACUCACCUGUAAAUAUGAAUAUCUCAAAAUUAUUUGAUGUUUUACUUCAUACAUUUUUUGAAAAAAUAUUUGCACCCUCACAAACAAGAAGAAUAUACAGUUAUGGAUGAAAAUAUUUUAAGAUUCACCAUAAUAGAUAGCAUAAUGUAUUUAAUCUUGACAUGAUUUGAAUUUGGCUUGUUAGCUGCAAAAUAGGAAGUAGUUAAGGAAGCAAUGAUGCCUUCAUUUCACAUUGGCAUUGAAUAUUGUGAACUCCAUUCAGUGGAAAGUUAAGAGUUUAAUUAUUUUCAAUAUUUCAUUACAUGUAUGUGUAUGUAUGCAUGUGUGCAUGCUUGUGUGUGUACAAGAGGGUGUGUGUUCAUAUUUCUAGCUAGUAUUAUAAGAAUAAAAUGAAAUUAUUGGGACUUAUAUUUGUACUUUACAAUUUUAUUUAUGAAGCAUCAUCAAAAUUUCUGAACACAUGCAUAAAGUGAUUACUUAACAUAUUAGUAACUGCAGAACUAUGAGGAACAUAAAAGGCACAGAAAUAUUGCAAAGUAGAUUAUAAUUUAGGGAUGCCUCAGGAAAUGAAAUAGAAUUUUAGACCAGUACAUAAAUUGGUCGAAUCUUUCACCUUCUGCUUAACUAUGUAUCAGAACAUCAGCUUUGGGAAGCUUAGUAGCAGUCCACUGUCAGUUCAAAGGUGGGAGCUAUUGGCAAGGGUGCAGUGUAGCUUGGUGACUUAAUCACAGACCGGUACAGCUUUACAUUAUAUGAGAUGAGGCCAUCCAUGUUCAAAGGUGUUCUCAGACCAACUGACAAAAUAUGUUUGUUAAAUGUUUUGCUUGUUUAAAUUUUUAUCUCUUUAACAUAAACAUAUAUUUUCACAUUACUGCAUCACAGUCUUGAGAGUGUAGUGCAUUAAUGUAAAAAUAUCAAUGCUUAUGCUAUAGAUGAAAGAUUAAACAAAUAAAACAUUUAAUAAGUAUAUUUGGGCAGUUGGUCUGAGAAUGCUUUUGGAUAUGUGAUCCCUCAAAUGAUUAUCAUAGCCCAUAAAUGCAGGAAAUAUGCUUUGUCUUUAGGAUGUACGGAAUUGUUCUCAUAAGCUGACUGGUAUAAUUUGCUGUGGGUUUGAUAUUUAUGCCUUUGAUUGAGAAAUCCAGUCUGUUUUUUUUUUCUUUUUGUGGCAAUAAAUAUUUACACAUCAUAAUCAACUUGUGCGUUGUUUAACAAUAUGGAAAACUUUCUCUUUCUAUUGGCCACUAUGACUUAAUAUUUCCCCUAUAAAACCAUAUCUGCAUGCAAAAUUAUUUAUUCACAAAAAAAAGAGAAAAUAUCUGUACAUUCAAAAUAUAUUCUCAGGUGUAGCUGGAAACUUGGGAAAAUAUGGUUACAGUAUAAUAGUUCAAGGUUAUAUUUUGUUGACUUGUUGCAAAAUCAUCAAUCCCUUGUCUGACCAUAUUACCAUUAUUAGGCUAUUUUGUUUUGUCCUUUGAAUAUUUUAUAAGAAAGAACAUGAUUUGCAUUUUGUCUUCUAAUAUUAUAUCUUGUCUCUUCACAGUCAUAUGAUCGUUUUGUCUGUUUGUCAGUCUUUGAUUGAUAUGCAGAGCUAGGUAUUAGAGGUAGUGUGACUAAUAGUAGAGAUUUGUUAUUAUGUUCUACUGUUUACAGAAAAAAAAUAAGAAAAUAAGAAAUAAGACUACUGUGGAAUACUGAAUUGAAGAUCUUGCCUAAAUGGGAAUAAUUUUUUUUUAUUAGUACACCUUACAGAAAACUACAUUGUUGUAGACUAUUCCUAAACUGUGUAUCCUGGAUCGUGGAGGACCCUCGCUAUCUCCACCAUAGCUAACUCCAUGCACACCUUACAGGAUUCUUGGAUAAUCAUUACUGCUUCACUGUCGAUAACUAGAUGUGGAGCCAAUCGAUUGCUCAUUUGUAUAAUGGGACUAUUUUUUUUAUCUUUAUAUGAACAAAUGAAGUUAUUUUAAAUUUACGUAAGGCACACUAGUAUUUGCAUUGAGUAUUGAGAGACAAAAUUAGAAGAGACUCAUACAUACAGUCUCUGUCUUAGUCACUAUAUAAUAAUAUGAUGCCUCUGAAAGACUAUGUAGAUGUAAUUUUUGUAUGCAUUUUUUAUGUGAAUACUACAAGAAUUUUUGAUAUGGAGAUUGGAUCUAUGUUAGAGUAUAAGUGAUUGCUCAUUGUGCUGUACAUAUAUUUAUUUUUCAUAUAUUACACCAAGCCUUGUAGUGUUGGGCAUAUAUUUGUCAAAUUCCUAUAGAUCACCAAUACAUACUGAUACUGCAGCAUGCAAAGGAAAAAAUAACAAUACAUAUUCAAGGUAGAAUUUGGGUGGAAUUAUUCUCCGCAAAUCGGAAGUUUUAAGGGAAUGCCAUCAGGUUAUUGGAUGGGGAAUGAAUAAACUUCCAGUGUUACAUGUUAGUUAUUUUUUGCAAAACAGUUUUUCUGAAGUGCAUGUUGUAGUUACAGUAAGAAGGUGAUUGUGCUUUGUAUUGUUAAAGAUUUGUUUGUAAGUGGAACACAAAUAUUUAAAGUCAUUCUUGCUAUGAAGACCAACACUACACAUUUACUUCUGAUUCACACAUCAUUAUUGCAAUGCAAGAUGUCUGGCUGUUAGAUUUUUAGAUUUGUUUGUUAUAAUAUGCAUAGCUUAAAUUGUAAAGGUGAAGGCCUCUGUUUUACAUGAUAGUUAUGGUUUUAGUGUAAUAUUUGCACCAAUAUUGUAUUCAGUGUUGAAAGCACAAUACUGAGAUGCUGGUGUUUUUCUUUUCUUUUUAAUUUCAAGAAAAGGCAGGGAAAAUACUGAAAUAUGUUUUAACAAACACAGUUGUUGGAUGAAGAAACAUUUAUAAAGUUUAAAUUUAGGCAGACAUUUUGUAAUAUUGUUCUGAUCAGUAAUCAGUGUUCUUAUUACUGUAACUCAAAAGAACAGUAAAUAAAAGUAAUGGAUGUUUAAAAAUCUGAA